UAAGCAGCUCACGAUGCUGUCAACUGCUCAUCUACACUUUCCUUCCUCCACCCCCCAUCGUCCAUCACCCAUCGUCCAUCGACCAUAAUCUACAGCACACCCCCAUCAAGAACAAACACAAAACACUAUGGAAAUGGCGAGAACCAAACAAACCGUCACCCCGGAUAUGGCAAUCCACGACGGACUCGCAAUCAUCCACGAAUCGGGCAAGCUCUCCGACUUCACCAUCAUCGUAGGCGAUACCCAGUUCAACGUCUCCAGGAUCAUUCUAGCCGCGCAGUCUGGGUACUUCCACACCAUGUUCCUGGGUAAAUGGAAGGUAAGAACCAUCCACCCGCUCACGUACCCACCACCCAACCCUACAGCAAAGGAAGAAACCGAACUAAAGAACCGAUCAAAUAGGAAGCAACCGCUACAAACGUGACCCUCGAGGACGAAGACCCAACCACCAUCUCCGAUAUGCUGGAGUACAUGUACACCGGGGUGUACAAUCCCACCAUCGCCUCUACCCCCGAAGCGCAAAACGCAGCUACAGCCGCC